ACAUGUGACAUGUGUCAUGUAUGGUGACAUAUGAUGAUUAUGCACCACAUCACAUUUCUGAAUUGUGAUUUAUUUUUGUGAUCGAAAUCACGAAAUUCGAUUCGAAAUCGGAACCUUUCUUCAUAAUUUUAAAUAAUAUAAAAUUAGCAAUGAUUUUAAAAUUUUACAAACACACACAGGCUACAUAAUUUGAAGUAACAAAUAGGCUGUGCACCUUAUUAUUUGGAAAAGGAUACUAAACUAAAAGGGCUUUAAAAUGAUGGCCGGAAAAGGUAGUAAUGGAAACAGAAGAGCAGAAUAGAAUACGAUUUCAAGUGGAGUUAGAAUUUGUACAAUGCCUGGCUAAUCCAAACUACAUACACUUUCUGGCGCAGCGAGGCUACCUGAAAGAACAGCCAUUUGUCAAUUAUCUCAAGUAUCUACAGUAUUGGCGUGAGCCAGAAUACGCUCGCUAUCUCAAGUAUCCGAUGUGCUUGCAUUUCCUUGAGCUCCUUCAACAUGAAGCUUUUAGAAGAGAAUGUGUAUCAGCACAGGUUUGUAAAUUCAUGGACGACCAGGCUAUACUGUUAUGGCAGCACUACACGCGGCGGCGCACGCGCACGCUGCAACCGCCGGACGCGCCCGCCGCCCCCGCGCCGCCCGCACCUCCGCAGCAGGGCCCGCCCAGGCAACAAACGUGAAUUAGUAUGGAAGACCGAUAUGAUUUAUCGAUAAUUACCGUAAAAUCGAUUGGGAUAUCGAUAGUAAAGCAGACAUCACCUUAGAUC